CCCAGAUUUUUGCUUUAUUUUUACGGAUCUUUCGACCACGACAUGCACCUUGUUUCCGAAUCUUCUCUUUCGUAAGGUUUUGUGUGAAAUCGUUCCGAUUCGUACAGCUCUCCCAUCCCAAUCCAACACGCCUCCACGUCCCGUCCGUUACCGCGCCUAAUACCCCUUCAAUUCGGCGCCAAGGCCCCGCUGUCCACGGUGCCGAAAAGACAUGGAAAACCCCGUGAUGGUGGUAGCCGACAGCCAGCAACAAGGCAGCCAUGAGGUGGCUGCCCGGGCCCUGAGUGACAGGCCCCUGAAGCGCGACCCUGCAUGUGUAGAGUGCCGGCAACGGAAACUGAAAUGCGACCGAAAGUACCCCUGCUCAGAAUGCAUCAUCCACGGCCGCCAUUGCCUUGCUCCGCCACCCUCGGGUCCACGCAAGCCGAGGAGGAAGAACCAUCAUGAGCUACGCGACAAACUCGCGAGCAUCGAGUCCCUUUUAGAGGAAUGCAUGGGAUCGAAGCCAAUCGAUCUUGCCAAUGAAACGCCGCCCGUCCUGAUCGACAAAGAAUCUCCAACGGACAGCCGGAACCAUGAUGACCAUAGACCUAUGCUUCAGUCGCCAGGAUGGCUUGUAAACACCAAAAACGGGAUCGAAUUUCGGGACAGCAAAACGGCGUCUGCGACUCGUGAGGAUAAACAGACCAUACGUGCCCUUUUUGAGGUGGAAAGCGAGCAAUCAACAUGGCUUCCUGCUCUUGCCAUCCUCAAUCAGCACCAUGACUCCAUAGGCAUUCCUCCCGCCUCGGGGCUCUCUUCUAAUUGUGUCCCAUCUUCACCCAACAUCAUAAUCUUGUGGAGAGUGUUCUUGGACAGAGUCAACCCUGUCACCAAGAUAAUUCACGUACCGACGUUCCAAGCCAACAUUGCAGAUGCAGUAUCCCACUUCCACGCCAUCCCGCCCGUCACACAAGGGCUUUUAUUCUCCAUCUUCCUGGCAGCAUCUGGUUCUCUUUCGCAAAAGGAGCACUGGGAAAUGCUACACUGGUCCAAGAAGGAUGCCUCGAGGGUUCUGUCUAAAGGCUUUAAGACUGCAAUGGCACGAUACAACUAUCUGAGACGGUUCAACGAAGACACAGUAAGGAGCCUGAUAUUUUAUUCAUUACACCAACGAACUUUGAGAGAUCUAGUAGAUCCAUGGAUUCUCAACGGUAUCGUCGUGAAUAUAGCUCAUCACCUUGGCCUCCACAUCGACGGCACGCGCCUCCGCUUCAAACCUUUUCAAACAGAAAUGAGACGACGUCUCUGGUGGCAGACCGUUCUGAUAGAGGCAAAAACGAGUGCCGCCUCAAGCAUCAGUGCCCGGAUCCUACCAUCCAGUCAGGACACGUGCAUCCCGCUCAAUGUCAACGACGAAGACCUCCAUCCGUACAUGAAGGAAGCACCUAGUGCCCGAAAAGGUCCUUCAGAGAUGUCUUACUGUGUACAUACAUACGAAGCGGAAUCACUCGCCAUGGAUAUGCAGAUCCCGUCCGUCGACGAGGUACUCUGGGGCCAGGCAUCCUCAAGCCCGGCUUCGACGCAUGCCGCCAUGCGUCCGCCGGAACCCUUUGACUCACCCUUCGUCACCGCCAUACAAGACGCCUUACAAAGGUUCGACCGGACGCUGGGGCCCCUCGAGCGCCGUCUGCUCUCCAAUUCCGCCGCGAACCCGCUCCACGCAAUGGCACUCUACGCCCGCACCUCACUCGCCGCCAUUGUCGAAAAGGUCAUCACGCCGCUAGACGCCGCGCCGGAAUGGGGCACGGAGAUGCACGGCCCGGACGACAAGUUCUUCAGCGUGGGGCUGAUGGUGCUCGAAAUUUUGCUUGAGCAACGGCGGCUCGCGGGCCAUAAGUUCGCGUGGCUCGUCGACCUCGACUUCAAGAUUCAAACGUUUUACUACCUGGGCGCGCAGCUUCAGAACCGGGUAUCCGGAUCCUUGGCGGACAGGACGUGGGCUGUCAUUGAGAAGAUGUAUGCUUGCCGCGAGGACUUGUGGGAGCUCAAGGAUGAGGAGAAUAUGACGCUGGCGAAUCUCUUGAUCGUGGCGUGGAGUCGCCGCGCGGAGAAUUUUCUGGGCAAUCGAGUUCUGCUGCUUGAGCCUCCUCUUGUGACGCGCCUGCGAGAUGAAGUUAUGAUGAUCAAGGCUGAGGCACUGAGCCUGUUCUGAUGAUGUAGGUAAGAACAGGCUGGAUAUUCGGGGCUAACAUUGUCCUCACGGCUUAUUUCGCCAGUUUUCGAUGCAGAUCUCCGGUGGGGUUGAAGUCUUGUGUGUAAUGGAGAGCGUGUGGGAUGGAUCAUGACUAAACUGUGCAAAUACUUGUAACCUUGAAAAAGGUUUGUACCUCAUCUCCUCGUUCCUCCACCGUGCCGCUAUGCCGGAUACGUGAACAAAGAGACGUCGUGGCUUGGGUGAGAAGUACGGCUAGUGGUGGCUACCUUAUUCUAGAGCUUGAUUUGGCGCUAAUAUGUUACACAAUGACAAUGAGCUUUCAGGGGUAUGCUACGGCCUUACAAUUCUGAGCCUUUUGACCUCUUUGAGGCGGCUCACCAUCUGAUAUUAUGGCAAACACAUUAGUCCAUACGUAAUAAAAAAACCAUCC